AUGGAUCAUCGGUUCCCCAUCACCCGCGACGAUCUCUUCAACAUCCAGAUGGAUUUGAAGCAAAUCCAACUGGUUCAGAGUAAUCAGGGCGAAAGACUAAUAAGACUCGAAAGGCGCCAGGAACAAGAUGCGAGCGUCAAGUCCGUGUGGCAACAGCAUCCUUUUCCUGGCGUCCUUGCCGGAACCCCUCAGCAAGGGCCGACUCACGUCUCACCCAACGACAUGUUUGAUGAUUUCGACGAGCAAGGUCAGCAUUUGCUGAGCUCCCUUCACCUAGGACCUGCCGAGGAGGAGCCUACCCGUCGGGGUGCUGCCUCUCGAGCCAACAGCGUACGAUUCGAUGAGAGUGCCUUGCGGGGCGCAGCAGAUUGGUCUAGUCAGAGCAAUCGCCACUCUGGGGAAUUUGGCCCUCCCCGACCGUCUAGCGGGUUGAUGAUGGAGCGAUCAUUGUCCCACAAGUCGGAUGGACGUCAUAGCUCUGCCGGCCACUCUGUUCACUCAUUUCAUUCUGUGGCAUCAGGCAGAGCGAGCAGCUUGGGGCUGGACACCAACUUUAUGGUCAGCAGCCAUGAAGACGACUCUCCGAUAGACAUGCCGGAGCCUCCGCCAGGUCUCUUCUUCCUGGGUUCUGUACCGACCAUCAUCCGAUGUUGGCUUACAACUAGCUUCGCCCACGAUACAGUCUUGUACGCUGAUCUUUGUACGGGCUCCCAGAAAUCCGUCGUGGACUAUUCUGUCCUCAAGGACCUCGAUCUGUUGGAUGAGAUUCAACAAGACAUGGAUGGCACCUACAAAGUUCGACUUCCGGUAUACCUCGUUGAAGCCACUGUUUCCGAACGCAGCAGCCGGUCAUCGAGCCAUGGGCAUUCAAUGCCCUGCCUCCUCGCAACUUUUGAAGUGUCUGGCAUGGAGCAGUCUGAAGGCGCCGAGCCGAAAAGGGGCAUUCAAAUUUUCAUUGGCAGCGACACCCUUAGAGCUCAUCAGGCCGAUAUUCUCCUCUCCCAGAACCGCAUGUGUCUCUACGGCAGCGAGCGCGAGAAGCUAUCUGUUCCCUUUGUGCGCCCAGAGGACGAGGGCGCUUUCAAGCACAUUAGCACAAUCAAUUUCAUUCCUGAAAAGCCUCGCCUCAACGCCAACGCGGCGCCUUUUGUGUCUGGAGACCCACGACCUCAGGUCUCCACGACGCAAAGUGCAUUGGAAAGCAGCCUGUCCAGCAUGCAGCAUGAAGAUGCCGAGUCGCAGGGGCCCCUCUCGCCCAUGGAUAACCACUCUGUACCCAACAAGUCGAUUGGAGCAAGCAACCUGUCUGAAAGUGGCGGGGAGAGUGAACGGCCUGGCAAGGAUACCACCAGCGGGUCCGAAUCAGGGGCAAAAGAGCACAAUAGCACGGUCAGCGGAGAGGGCAGCCGGCGCGAGUCUGCGGGCGGCAUCUGGGGUUCGUGGCGCCAGGGCACUUCCGCAAAUGGGGCUGAGAACGGGCAACGGGACGCCAAUGGCCCGCUAAGCGGAUAUCAGCCCGCCGGUCGUGGAAGCCGGAACAUGAAGGUGUUGAAGCCCCUGAAAUCGGGUUCAUCAUCGUCUGCCCGAACUGGAGCUGCCUACGAGCCGGCGCCAGCGCCCAGAACCAGCGGAGAACAUCGACGAAAGAGCCAGGUCAGUGUAGCGGCAGAGGGCAACCCGCCCACAAACGUCCGCUGGGAACCCAAGAGGUCAGUCAGCAGCACCACGGUCAACAGCACAACGGAGGUGAAGGCCUCGCGCGAGGCGAAGAAUGCGGGUCCAGCUUUGCCGCGGUCGGCGAACCCCAUCGGUGGUGCCUCGGCUUUCUCCUGGAUGAACCCAGCUGGCAAGGCAAAGCCUACGGCGACGGCGGAGUGA